CAGUUAGUAAUUCCAGUGAUGUCUUGCAGAUGGACGACGACCCAGUCCUUCAGCCUGAUGACCAUCAUUUGCUCAGGUUCUACGCAGCCAUAAACAGAGUUGUGCAGCCAGCAAUGCACCGCGUCUUCAUUUUGCUCAGACCUGACAAUGGGAAAUCUGUCAAGGAACUUCUGUUUGAUAUCAGUGAAUUCUCGCAGUUCAAUAAGCCAGAAAGACAAAAACUAGAUGAAGGGAAACCCAGUAGUGAAUUUGAUAUAUCACUCCUGUACAAGCUACUCCAGAGGGUUUGUGGCUUAGCAGACGCCAAUCAUUCCAAGUGGAGUGAUGCCGGGUCACUUGAGAAUUCUCUCAGAAGACUGAAAGAUUACAGGAACACUUUAGCCCACGAGCAGAUUUCUCUCACCUCUGAUGAACUCCGAGAAAAGAUCAGAGAUAUGGAAGGGUUGUGUCAAAAUAUUCUCGAGGCAGCUGGUCAACAAAGGAGUUUACCUGUUGCUGCAGACUUAGAAAGAAUGCACGAUGGGAUGGAAGAGGCAAUAUCAGGAGAAAUAGAUCUAUGGGAACCUUAUAAGACUGCUUUGGCCAAAUUAAGAAGUGAACACACCACAGUCCUGAUCAGGGAAGGAAGAAAAGAUAUUCAUGCAAUUGGAAAGAAUUUAAUGAUCCUAAAUCCAUUCGUUUGGAUGAUUGAUUCUAAAUAUGCCAACUUCAAUGUGGAGAGUGUGUAUACAGAGAAUGGGAUAAAAGGCAUGGGCAAUGUCGAUAUACAACAUCUGUUAGUUUCUGCUGUACCUGAACAUCAACCAGAUGCAUUACCUGACGUCAUUGUAAUAUCUGCUACUCCCGGAAUGGGCAAAACGAGUUCGUUUCGCUUUCUAGUCCAAGAUUGGCUCUCCUCUAAUCCAACCACGCUUGGAAUGGAAAACAUCGAUCUCAUAGUGCCCGUCGUAUUGCGACAUGUGAGCAGCAAUAAUAUCAAAGAUUUGGUUAAGGAUGAACUUCUGCACAAUGUUGCAAAACAUCUGCAACCAGAUGACAUCAUCUCAGCUCUGAAGAAUGUUUCCUUGCUUUGGAUGUUGGAUGGGUAUGACGAAGCAAGCACAGAAACCAGAAAAGUGGUCAAGGAAAUCGUUCAGAAGUUUCCAGGUUCCAGAAUAAUGAUUACAACUAGAGAAGAAUUCAAGAAUGAAAUUGAAACUGAGGUAGCUUCAGUAGGUCGCUCUUACUCAAGUGUUACUCUUGCUGGGUUUUCUGUUGAAAACAUACAAGAAUACGCUGAAAAAAUAAUUUAUGCUUCUGUUCAAAAUCCACAAAAAAGAAGCGAUAUACUGAAAGAGUUCAUGGCAUUCACUGAAAAUGAGUACAGUCUGGAUAUCCUACGUGUUCCUCUAUUUGCAGCUAUCACAAUUGUACUGUGGCUCGACUCCCCUGAGAAUGCUUCCCACAUAAAAACAACUUCCUCUCUAUUCACUCUGCUUGUUGAUCACAUGAUUCAGAGACUCGUAAUACGAGAAUCAUACAGAAAGCUGAAUCAGACCAUAUCUUCCUUAAAACAGAAACUCAGUAGUUUUUUUGACAGCAUUGGCUUUGUUCUUUGGCAGAACUAUGAUCACUUCAUUCUUCACCAUUAUGAAGUAGACUAUUUGCUAGAGAAAUGUUCAGAGCUUGGGCUUCCAUUUAAGGAUUCCAUGUCAGCUUUCUUUGUUUAUGCUGAAAAGGCUACACCUCUGGGCAUCGUAGAAGAAUACACAAUCAUCCAUCGUGAAUUGAUGGAGUUCUUGGGAGCGAGAGCAUUUGCCAACAAAAUGAUCCAUGAGGGAUGGGAUGUGAUGGACACUGCUAAAUAUUUCCUCCAAAGAAAGAGAGAAUUAUUACUGAAGCAUGACCCUUUACAUAAUAGUCUGGGUGGUUUGUACUAUGACAUAGACAAUUUGUCCAUGGAGUUGCCUUGUGAUAAAUACGAGACCUUCUGUAACGAACGCUUUGUGAUGCCAGUAUAUGUUUUUAUCAGAAAAUAUGACAAUUGUUGUUAUAUGUGUUACAAAUCCAUAGAAGAAGAAAAAGUAAGUGAGGAUUAUUAUUUACAUACCGACAAUUUUGUUACAACACUUAAAUCAACAAAUUUCUGGUGCCAUGUAAAAGACAAAUUGUUUGGGCGGUGGUUCGCGUAUGUUUUGGGAUACCUGAGUCUCCGUCGACACUUGAAUGAAGAAAGGUGUGAACAGUUUGCCUUUAUUUUUAGUUCAUCUAGAGGUCCAUUUCUAAACAUAUCGUACAUCUUAUUAGGACUGAAUGAAGCUGGAGAUGAUUUAUUUGUGAAAAAACUAUGCAAUUACGUUAAUCGUAAAAUGUGGGCAUUCAGAGAUAGUCGUUGGUUUUCACAAACACAAACAGUAAAGAUUCUGCAGUACAUACAGCCGAAGUCAGUCUUUCUUCAUCUUUGUAAAGAACUAGAUUAUUCUAACAGAAUUGAUUCAACAAAGUUCCUACUUGAUUACAUUGAAACAUUUGUUGAAUACAACUGUGAAAUUCACCUUGACCUGCAAUACUUCUUCCACAAUGCUGACCCAAAUUUAGAGCUGACAAUGACUUCUCUGGAACGGUUGCUCAGAGGCACUUCCCGUUGCCGACUUGUUACAUUCAGAGGUGUUGUCGACGACAGUACUCUGGUACUCCUAAAGAGAUCUACUUACCUGAGGGAGUUAUCUCUGAUGUACAUUGGGGAAGACCUUCGCCAUAUGGCUGAAUUAGUGAAGACGUUGCCUGAACUGAAUGUUUUCCGAUUAGCUAUGGAUUUUCGCUGUUGUUCUGGCGAGGAGCUGCCCGUUCUCAUUCGAGAUGAGGAGGUGGCAGUUCGCGAGCUUUGCGUCAUUCUUACUGACGUUUUCAACUACGAUCUGAGCGUGUUGCCACGGCCCUCAAGAGAUUACUUCCAAAUCCGUUUCAUGUGAUCUUACGUGGCAGAAUUACGACCUUUGACCUAGAAUGGUUACUUCCAAAUCCGUUUCGUGUGAUCUCACGGGCCAGCAUUUCGAACCUUGACCCAGCAUUUCGACCUUUGAGGGAAAGGAUAUGGACUUAUAUUUCUCGUGUCUUGGAAAAGUUUUUGAAUGUCAAUAUCAUACAAGUAUUGCUGGAAGCUCCUGACGAAAUUUGUCAGUACGUUCAUAUCAUAAGACCUUAUGUAGAAGACUUGGAAAGAUUCUCAAACCAGCAGUUCCCCAGUACUACAAUAGAAGUCCAAUUUGUCGACGCCACAGGGUAUGCAUGGAACUAAAGAGACAGGACUAACAGCAUACUAAGAAGUAUUUCUAAAAUUGGAGUGUGAUUAUACUU